AUGAAUAGAUGUAUUACUUCUAUUCUUCAAAGAUCUAAUACAUCUUUGAGAUUUAGUACAUUACAAUGUCAUAAUAAUAAUAUUUAUAAAUCAAUUAGUAGUAGAUCUAACAAUAGUCAGAGAUCUUCUUCCUCUUCUUCCUUUUCAAUAGUUAGUCAUAAUAAUAACAAUAACAACAACAAUACAAGAAUACAAUGUAAUCUUAAUGUUGGUAGUUGUGCUAGAUAUUUUGGUAGUGGUGUUGGUGGUAUUGGUUUUUCAACACUCAAUAGAAAUAACAACAACAACAACAGUGGUGAUAAUAAGAGUCAAGAGGUGAUAAAGAUGAUGGGACAAGUCGAUCAAUUUGUGCUUAUGGGUCAAUAUGAUGAUGCUUUAGCACUGUGUGAUCGUAUAUUGCGUAUUGACUCUGAGUAUAUAAUCACUAUUCACCUUGCUAAAGCUAAAAUCCUAUUGAAUCACUACGGUGAUUUCGAAAAGGCAUUGGAGGAAUGUAAUAAAGCACAUGCUGCCAAAUCUAGAUUUGAAAGUUCAUGUCAUAAAUCAUUGACUUUCAAUAUCGAUUUGAUGAAACUACAUGUGCUCGUACCACAAGGUAAUAUUAAAGCUGCCUCUCUACUUUCUUUGGCUAUUAUUGACCAGCAUCCCGAUAAAAUCGAUGCACCAUUCCUCCGAUCUGCUUCCCUCGCAUGUAAUGGCGCACAAGACUAUCAGUCGUGUCAUAAGAUCCUCAUGUUAAUGAAGAAUAGAUUCCCAAAUGAAUUUACACCGAUUGAAUCGAUCUUACUUGGAGUCACCGAGUUUAAUUUAGGAAUGUACGACGAUUCAUUGAAGAGCGUCAACAUUGGUUUAUCAAGUUGUCCAGCAUCAGAAUACAAAAACUCUCCUCAAAAGCAAUUUUUUAUCGAUGCACUGGUAGUGAAAGUAGUCAUUCUUCAAGACAAACUACAAGAACAAAUCGAUACUCUAAAGAUACUUAUUGAACUUCAACCAGACUUUAUUAAUGCCUACAAGUUAUGUUCAAAUUUAUCGCAACAAGACAGAUUUGAAGAAGCCUAUAAAUAUGCUGAAUUAUCAUUGAAAUGUUGGGAUGAUGAAUCAUCCAAGUAUAUAGAUCAAAGUACAAAGGAAGGAUUUCUAUUGCAUAUUGGCACUGUACAGACGAAAGCACUUCAAACGAUGAAUAUCGAUAUAUCAUUGUCUUCGAAAGAAGUUGCUCAAAUUCUUGAGAGGUCAUUGAAGAUAAUCGAGAAGUAUAACCAGCAACAAAUCUAUGGAGAACGUUGUGUUAACUUUUUAAGUAAUACAAUUAAUUAUUAUAUCAACAAGUUUGAUCUCAAUUCCGUAGAAAUGAGUGAUUUCUUUAGUGGUUUGGCAGCAAAAGAUAGAUCGUUGAUCACGAAAACAUUUAAAUCAGAAAUACAAUCAUCGGAACAACUCAACACUUUAAAUGAAAUUAAAAGUAAUUCCAUUGCAUUACAAUCGAUCAUCAAUCAAUUCUUGGAGAACAACAAGAAUAAUCUUCAGGUGGACAGACUUGCCAAGUUAUUUAAAUGCAUUGAAGUGUUGGCUGGUCUAUAUUUAACGGCCAACGAUAUUAAAUUUACAAAUAUCUUGGUCUAUCAUUAUAAUUGCGUCAUUUAUAAGAUGGAGAUUCGAGAGAUCAACCAGUAUCAAUAUCAUAAGUCACAUGCACCAUUCAACGCUAUAGCAUGGGAAUUCGACAGUUUACCAAAGACCAAAGAGGAGUUUGUCAAUCAUUUCUAUGAGGAUAAGAUACCGGAUAUCGAAACAUUGAAAGAUGCCAUUGCAAUUUGUAACAAGAAUAUCGAAUCGGUUGGUACAUCGAUUUACUAUGCAAUGAGAGCAUUCUUUUUGUUCCAUGAAUCAGACAAGAUUGUUUUACAUACAGCACUUUCUUUGGUGAAUCAAGCAGUGCAAAUCGACAAGUAUCAUGACAUUGAAGAGAGAAUCAUGGUUCGAAUCAUUACAGCAUAUUUCUUAAUUAGAACCUACUCUUUCAAAGAGGCAUUGGAUCUAUCAAAACAAAUUUAUGGAUUGUAUCCAAACAAUGAUGCAGUAUGUAUGUCCCAUGCUCAAACAUUGGUUGUCAACAACGAGUUUAAAGCAGCACAAGAAGUACUCAAUACCUAUAUUGAGAGAUUGAACAACAACGAUAGUAUGAACACUCAAGAUAAAACAAUCAAGUUAGUGAAUGCAAUCAAUAGACUUGGAUAUAUACAAUUGUAUGUUGGUGAUGGUGAAAAAGCAACUGAAUAUUUCAACUCUAUCUAUAAACAAGGAUUGGCAGCACCAACAUCAAAGUCGACAUCCAACUAUUUCACAAGACACGGUUUGUUCGAAGCAAAACUAAAGAUAAUGAUCAAAGAUUUGAAUGAAGUCCUUGAGAAGAAUCCAAUUGAAGUCCUAUCGUUAUUUACUCGCUCUUUGUUGAAUAUUGGAUUGGCGAAAAAAGAUGAAGUGAUUCGUGACAUGCUCAAGAUUCAAUCGAUUGCCACGGAGCAUCCAAUACUAUUAGAAGAUCCAACAUUCAAAUCAAUACUCACAUCUACAAAUAAGAUGUCUGAAGAUAUUAAAAAAACAGAUAUUAAACACACGCAGAUUGAAAUGAGAACUCUCCUUCUUCAGUAUUAUUCAUUGAUGGUUAACAUUGCAACUCAUUUCAUGGAAGGUAAAAAUAGACAGCACUAUUACCAACAACAACACGACGAUCUUACAUUUUCAUUAUCAAUUGAAGAGAAGAUGGCAAAUUAUAGCUUAGAAUACCCCUCUAUCAAAGAUAUUCUCAAUAAAAAUGAAUAG